AUGCCGGACCCAUUGAGGGUCAUCGUGGAUCAAACUUCUGUGCAUACGAACAUGGCAGAUAACAAGGCACUUGAUGGUCUGCAAAAAAGGGCCACAAUGCCAAUGAGUGCGUUCCACCCAGCAAAAGCCACCACCACCAUGUCCACCGACUCACCUGGUACCACUUCCUCAGCCUUAUCACCCAGUUCAAACACGUCUCCAACUGACAGCAAUGGCCAUCAUGCUGAUCCCACAGUUCCAGCCACAUCUUCGCACCAAGCUGAACUUGAGUCUCUUGGAGGAACUGAGCUCCUCCGAGCGAAACCUAGACGAGCUUUCAGGCCUACCGAUGACAAGUGGAACAGCAAUAUCAUCUAUAACCUUGCUGCACCUACAAAAACACGUAAGCCCAUGCUACCUAAUGCCUGGGCACAUGCCAAGGCUCAGGCAGAUCGUAAGAGAGAGUACCUUGAAAUCCUUGAUGAUAUCAAUGAGAACAGAAUCACAUACGAAGACAUCGAGAGCCAAAUGACAUCAACAGAGGAACAUUAUGCAAGGAUCCUUCUAGAGGGUGUGUCCGUCAAAAGGGAAAACCGAAUGGUGAAACAGAAAGUCCCCUCACCUGAGUUGUCCGUGGGCUGCAUGACAUUCCAUGCUAGAAGUCAGCUAAUCCAAGUUGCAGAGAGAAUUCAUGAAGCGUGUGGUGUCGAGGUGUUGAUCAUGAUGACAAAGGGAAAUAAUGAGGACAUUUUCGCACCUGUUUUGUGGGGAACACCCAAAGCAAUGGACUUUUGGUGUGGUGUGCUCAAGAUAGAUAUGAUGGAGAACAUACGUCUUGUGGAGGGAUAUUGCGUCAACACUCUGAAGGCCGUUGAAGGGAGAGCAGGGGAUUUGAGACCGGGUGUACUAACGGUAACUUGGCGCUCUGAGGAGCGUACCGGCAGCGGGUAUAAUGGGGGCUCCUUGAGGGAGCCACCUAACAGUUGGCUAGCGGCAACUUGGCGCUCCAAGGAGCGUACCGGCAGUGGGUAUAAUGGGGACUCCUUGAGGGAGCCAUCUAACAGUUGGCUAGCGGUGACUUGGCACUCAUGUGAGCGUACCGGUAGCGUGGGUGGUUGGCACUCCUUGAGGGAGUAG